GUGAACGUUACAUACGACGCAUCUGCCUCGUUAGUCGUCACUGAUGAUAACAUUCCAUAUGUUUACAGCCCCGGUGACAUCGCUUGGGUGUUGGCAUCGACCGCGCUUGUAUGGAUCAUGAUGCCAGGUGUUGGCUUCUUCUAUUCUGGGCUUUUGAGGCAAAAGAAUGCGCUCUCUAUGAUCUACCUUAGCAUGAUGACAUCGGCUGUCGUCUCUUUCCAAUGGGUCUUCUGGGGAUAUUCUUUGACAUAUAGCAGUACUGCAAACGCGUUCCUCGGCAAUCUCAAAAAUUUUGGGUUGAAGGGUGUGCUAGGCAAACCGUCAAUUGUUAGCGCACGUAUACCUUCUAUUGUCUUCUGCGUGUAUCAGCUCAUGUUCGCGGCAUUCACGCCUAUGAUCGCGGUGGGCGCAUUCGCUGAGAGGGCUCAUCUUGGACCUCUCAUGGUGUUCGUUUUCGUCUGGGCUACCAUUGUGUAUGACCCGAUUGCCUGCUGGACGUGGAACACUAAUGGCUGGGUGUCUGUUCUGGGUGGUCUCGAUUUUGCAGGAGGGACACCUGUGCACAUUUCUUCUGGUACUGCCGCCCUCGCCAUCUCUAUCUACCUCGGACAACGUCAUGGGUACGGUAGCGAGGAACUUGUGUACGAGCCCCACAAUACCACCUACGUCGUUCUUGGUACCGUUUUCCUCUGGUUUGGCUGGUUCGGUUUUAACGGCGGUUCAGCGCUUAGCGCUAACCUGAGAGCUGCACAGGCUUGUCUGUCCACCAACGUCGCCGCCAGCGUUGGCGGUCUCACUUGGAUGCUCUGGGAUUAUCGUAUUGAGAAAAAAUGGUCCGUUGUUGGCUUUUGCUCCGGUGCUAUUGCUGGCCUCGUAGCAAUCACCCCUGGAUCCGGGUUUGUGGGUUCCCCUGCUGCGAUCCUAUUCGGUGUCACGGCGGGCACUGUAUGCAAUUUUGCCACUCAACUAAAAUUUUUGGCUGGUUACGAUGAUGCAUUAGAUAUUUUCGCCUCUCAUGCUGUUGGCGGUUUAGUCGGCAACAUUCUGACUGCACUCUUUGCACAAGCCAGCGUCGCUGGAAGUGAUGGUUACACCAUAAUUCGAGGUGGUUGGCUUGACCACCAUUACGCACAAUUGGCCAUCCAUCUCGCCGAUUCCGCUGCAGGCAUGAGCUACUCGUUUGUCAUGACCACCCUCAUACUCUGGGUCAUGGACCGCAUUCCAGGUCUGCAGUUGCGGGUGCAUAACGACACCGAAAUUGUAGGCAUCGACGGAUGCGAAAUUGCAGAACCUCCAUACAACUAUGUCAGUCUUGGGUCCGAGCUCAAGCCCUCACCGUCCGAUCCUGUCACUGAUAAUGUGGAGCCUGAUCGACGCGGGGAGAACGAUUGA